GCGGUGAUAAAACUUGAGAAAUAACAAGGAGGGGCGGCUCGGCGGCUCCAGAGUCCAAUCCCGUCUCAGGAGCGAACACGCUCUCGGGCAAGACAAGCCUGAAAGAGGCCCGGGCGACUUAACGAGCAGCCGAGAGCAGCGCACCCGCGGCGCCCCUGCACCUCGGCGGCGCCCCUGCACCUCGGCGGCCCGUGGUCUCCUGCAUCCCGCCUGGUGUCCGCAUCCUCCCCUCCCGGGCCCCGCGCCCCGAUGGCUGCGCCCCGGCCCCAGAGCUCCCUGCGCGGAGCCCUCUGCAGGCAGCUGCUCCUGACCCUCGUGGUCUUCAGUUUUGCUUGUGAAGCCUGCAAAAAGGAGACAUUUAUUAUACCUUCCAAACUAGAGGCAGACAAAAUGAUUGGCAGAGUUAAUUUGAAAGAGUGCCUUGGGUCUGUAGACCACAUCCAGUCCAGUGAUCCUGAUUUCAGAGUUCUAGAAGAUGGGUCAGUAUACACAGCCCACGCUGUUGUGUUGUCUGAUGAGAAAAGAUCUUUCACCAUACGGCUCUCUGACACAAAGAAACAGACACAGAAAGAGAUUCUUGUGCUCCUGGAAUAUCAGAAGAAGGUGUUGAGGAAAAGACACACUAAAGAAACUGUUCUCAGGCGUUCCAAAAGGAGAUGGGCGCCUAUUCCCUGCUCAAUGCAGGAGAAUUCCCUGGGACCUUUCCCCUUGUUCCUUCAACAGGUUCAAUCUGAUGCUGCACAGAACUAUACCAUCUUCUAUUCAAUAAGUGGGCGUGGAGUUGACAAAGAACCUUUAAAUUUGUUUUUCAUAGAAAGAGACACUGGAAAUCUGUAUUGUACCCGGCCUGUGGAUCGUGAAGAAUAUGAUGUUUUUGAUCUGAUUGCCUAUGCGUCAACUGCAGACGGAUAUUCAGCAGACUUCCCUCUUCCACUGCCCAUCAGAGUGGAGGAUGAAAAUGACAACUAUCCCAUUUUCACAGAAGCAAUUUAUAAUUUUGAAGUUCCAGAAAGCAGUAGAAUUGGUACUACUGUGGGAGUGGUUUGUGCCACGGACAGAGAUGAACCAGACACGAUGCACACGCGCCUGAAGUACAGCAUUUUGGAGCAGACACCAAGAUCACCUGGGCUGUUUUCUGUGCAUCCCAGCACAGGUGUGAUCACCACAGUCUCUCAUUAUUUGGACAGAGAGGUUGCAGACAAAUACUCAUUGAUAAUGAAAGUACAAGAUAUGGAUGGCCAGUUUUUUGGAUUGAUGAGUACAGCAACUUGCAUCAUAACAGUUAAAGAUUCAAAUGACAAUUUGCCCACUUUCAGACAAAAUGCUUAUGAAGCAUCAGUCGAGGAAAACAUGGUCAAUGUGGAAAUUCUAAGAAUACCUAUAGAAGAUAAGGAUUUGAUUAACACUGCCAAUUGGAGAGCCAAUUUUACUAUUUUAAAGGGCAAUGAAAAUGGACAUUUCAAAAUCAGUACAGACAAAGCAACUAAUGAAGGUGUUUUGUCUGUUGUAAAGCCACUGGAUUAUGAAGAAAACCAUCAAGUGGUCCUGGAAAUUGGAGUGACCAAUGAAGCGCCAUUUACUAGAGAUGUUGCACUCAGGAUGACAACCAUGAACAGAGCUGUGGUUACAGUUCAUGUGAAGGAUCAGGAUGAAGGGCCUGAAUGCCGCCCUGAAGUCCAGUAUAUACAGAUUAAAGAAAACUCCGCAGUGGGUUCAAAGAUCAAUGGCUAUGAGGCAUAUGACCCUGAAAGUAAAAGUUCCAGUGGUUUAAGGUACAAAAUAUUGCAUGAUCCUAAAGAGUGGAUCACCAUUAAUGAAGGUUCAGGCUCAGUACAGACUUCCAAAACUUUGGACAGGGAGGUUAUAACGCCCAAAAAUGAGUUGUAUAACAUUACCGUCCUGGCAAUAGAUCAAGAUGGUAGAUCAUGUACUGGAACCCUCGCAGUUAGCAUUGAGGAUGUGAAUGACAAUCCACCAGAAAUACUUCAAGAUUAUCUAGUCAUUUGCAAAGCAAACAUGGAGUAUGUUGACAUUUCAGCUAUUGAUCGUGACAGUUCCGUCAACGGUGCUCCAUUUUACUUCAGCUUGGCAAACACUUCUCCAGAAAUCAACAGACUAUGGACGAUCACCAGAGUUAAUGAUACAGCUGCCCGUCUUGCAUAUCAGAAAAAUGCCCAGUUUCAAGAAUAUUUCAUUCCUGUUGCUGUAAAAGACAGAGCAGGGCUCUCUGCAACAAAAACCUUGAGAGUGAACCUCUGUGAUUGUACUAACCCCGUUCAAUGCCGGAGCACUGCGCGUAGCGCGGACGUGAUACUUGGCAAAUGGGCGAUCCUUGCCAUACUUCUGGGCAUAGCACUACUUUUUUCUAUAUUGCUAACUUUAGUAUGUGGAAUUGUUAGUGCCAGAAAUAAAAAAGCUUUUCCAGAAGAUUUGGCCCAGCAAAAUCUAAUUAUAUCAAACACAGAAGCACCUGGAGAUGAUAAGGUGUGUUCUGCCAAUGGGUUUAUGACCCAGACAGUCAACAACGCUAACCAGGGCUUUUGUGGUACUAUGGGAUCUGGAGUCAAAAAUGGAGGGCAGGAAACCAUUGAAAUGGUGAAAGGAGGACACCAGACCUUGGAGUCGUGCCGCGGGGCCGGGCAUCAUCACACCCUGGACUCCUGCAGAGGAGGUGCUGUUGAGGUGGAGAACUCCAGAUACACUUACUCCGAGUGGCAAAACUUCACUCAACCCCGUCUUGGUGAAAAAUUGCAUCUGUGUAAUCAGGAUGAAGAGCACAUGCCAUCACAAGAUUAUGUCCUUACGUACAACUAUGAAGGAAGAGGGUCUCCAGCCGGUUCUGUGGGUUGCUGCAGUGAAAAGCAAGAAGAAGACGGCCUUGACUUUUUAAAUAAUUUGGAAGCCAAAUUUACUGCCUUAGCAGAAACAUGCACAAAGAGAUAAUGUUACAGUGCUACAAUUAGAUAUGUCUUUGUCAGACUUCAUCUUUCUAAAAGAGAUAUUGUAAAGUUCAAUUUAUUUCUAUAUAUCUAGCAAUAUAUAGAUAUGAAUAUGUAUGAAUUUUUGUCUAAAUUUUUAAAAUUAUGCUAUCUACUGAUUUAUACUUUCAAGCAAUUUGCUACUGAUUUUUUUAGGAAGUUAAAAAUGUUAGAACAGAUUGUCCCUCUUUUAUUACUGAGUAAAUAGUCAACCAGGAAAUCUCAUGCUAUAGCAUUGGAUUUAAGGUCUAUAACGGACCAUCUCUCAUUUACAAAUAUGUUUUCAGUAAAUGCAUUGGCUGAAUAUUAGUCCAACAAUAGAAACUUGUACUUGAUUGAAUAUAGUAGAACAGCUUUCUGGACUAGAAAUUCCAUUUUUGCUCCACAGACCUAUCCCUGAGAUUCAGGACUACUCUUGGUAACUUGUCAGUAAUGAAAAUUAUACUGAGAAAAAGUUGCUUUUCUCCUCUUGAGAACUGUACUUUCAUAUUUUCAUUUGCAUGUUUAGCACGUGUGGCUCUUUAUUUUUCUACUGACAGUAGUCAUUUGCAAUUAGAAUAUCUUAUUUUUAGAUGGACUGUGAUUAUGCCAUAGAGUCAAUCUGAAGAAACAGACUCCCUUUGUAGUUAUGGUAGUAAUGAGUAUUAACAUGCAUUUCUAUUUACUACUAUUUUCAAAUAAAAUACAUUAUUAUUUCAAAUAAAAUAUAUUCCUUAUUAAAGCAGGUAAAUACUAUACAGUGCUAGAAAGAAUCAAACAAAUAUAGGAAAGAAAACUUAAACCUUAGGUGCAAUUUAACAUCUUCCAAGAUGUUGCUUAAAUUUAGUGCUUCUCGAAUUCAUUCAUGUGCUAGAACCUCUGGAAAGCCUUGUAAAAUUCCCCAAGGCAAGGAUGUUUAAACUUUAAAUAAUUAGCAUCUACUCUUAUGAUAAACCUAAUAUCACAUUAUUGUAUACUUACUUCAAAUGAUAAAAAAAUAGAAAACAAAUAAUAGGUAUCACUAGUUGAAAAAAAUUUUGAAAGAAAAUACUUAAGGUUAAAUUAAUUUUAAAAAUUUUGCGACUAUGAGGAACUGGGACCUACUCCCCACCCCUGACUCUUGCCAAAAAAAAAGAAAAAAUUCUUUAUUUGACUUUGGAGGCAGAUUUGUUGAGUUAGCCCGGGAGGUAGCAAUGUUCUAUAGGGGCACUGUUCUGCACAUACUGCUAACUGCUAACUGCUAACUGCUAAGUCGCUUCAGUCGUGUCCGACUCUGUGAGACCCCAUAGAUGGCAGCCCAUCAGGCUCUGCCGUCCCUGUGAUUCUCCAGGCAAGAACACUGGAGUGGGUUGCCAUUUCCUUCUCCAAUGCAUGAAAGUGAAAAUUGAAAGUGAAGGUGCUCAGUCGUCUCCGACUUUUAGCGACCCCAUGGGCUGCAGCCUACCAGGCUCCUCCACCCAUGGGAUUUUCCAGGCAAGAGUACUGGAGUGGGGUACCAUUGCCUUCUCCAGUUCUGCACAUAUAUAUCAUUUAUUGAUUAAUAGUUGUAUAACAAUUAAUCAAUGCAACAUUUAAAACAAAGUGAAAAAGCAAAGGAGAAGAUAUUACUUUUAAGUGUGACUGGGGUGUGGUGUAUCCUCUGAUAGGAAUACAGGGUUUAAAAAAUAGAACUUAUGUUUGGUUCUUAGGUGCUGCAUGAUAACUAAGCAUAUCAGGAGAUAGUUCAUGUACAUUUAUGUAAUGUUUAAAAUCGUAUACAGCUAAUUAAGCUUUUUUGGUUUCAGUGGAAAGAGGGGAUUAGGUGAAACUGUAGAUUUGCUUUUUGGUCUCUUUCCUUAUCCACAAACUGGGACCAAACGUGACUGGCUAAGGCUCCCUCCAUCUAAGGCUCCUUGACUUUUGGUGGCAGGUUUCCAGAGACGAAAUGUUUUUUUUUUUUGUGGUGCUAAUAUUAAAAACUUCUUUUAACUGAAUUCUGGUAAAAAUAAAUCUUCUAUCACCAUUUUCAUUAUGUCUCCCACCGAUCAACACUUUGAAAAAUUUAGAGCCAAAUAACCAUGUUCUCUCAGUCAGAUUUUAACAGGUAAAGGGAGCUAGGGGUUGGGGGGAGGGCAUGAAAAUUUUACGUGAGUUGUGACUGUCCCAAGAUCCCAAAUCUAUCACUUUUGCAGUGGGUUCUAAUCUGGAAACUAUAAAAUGUCAUUUUCCUGAUCACUACCCUGUUUUAAUUAUUUUUAAAGUUUUUUUUUUUGUUUUGAUGUGGACCUCUUUUAAAGUCUUUAUUGAAUUUGUUACAAUAUUGCUUCAGUUUUAUGCUUUGAUUUGUUUGGCCACGAGGCAUAUGAGAUCCUAGUUCCCCUACCAGUGUUUGAACCUGCACCCUGUGCUUUGGAAGGCCAAGUCUUAACCACUGGAUCGCCAGGGAAGCCCCUCACUGCCAUGUUUUAAAGAGACAUAGAUGUGAUUCAAAGAAAUCAGCCAUCAGGCCCACUUUCUUUCAUCUCUCUCCCAACCUUGUCAGUAAUACUUACCUAGCAAAUACUUCAGGCUGUCAAUCACCCUUUAGUAUGAAUUUCAUUUUUUAUGAGUUUUGCUUUAUUAAAAUGUUUAAAAUAAUAGAAGGAUUAAGAAUUUUGAAUUCAUGAAAGAAAAAGAUCAUGUGGUCACUUAGGAACACAGGGAACUGCAGGAGAGAGCAUGCCUGAGUGGGUAUUUGCACGUAGAGGAACAUGAAAACCCAGGGCUUCAAGGGCAAAGAGAGAGGCCACCAACAGGACAUGAGUAGGAGUAGAAACAACAUUGUUUGCUUCUUAAGCUGUCCUAGGCCAGGCCCUUCCUUCCCUUUUUUUCCUUAGGCCAGUGGCAGCUGCCAUUUGGUUUUGGUGAAGUGUCACUGAAGUGUCAUCAAGCCUUUCUCUGAGCCUCACCUUAUAUAGAGUGUGGGAACAAGAAGAGAGCUGACUGCCUGCUAAGUCUGAAGGCAUUUUCAGGACUGGCCGAACGGGUUGUGCAGGACAAACACAGCGUUCAUGGGGGUCGUGGGAUUUCUUAUGGCUCUCUAAGAUAGCAGGUCUUCCAUUAAACGGGGAUCUGUGAAUCUGAUGCUCCAUUUUAUGUUUUUUAAUUUGCUCCUGAAAUCUAGCUUCUUAAAUUUAGACAUGCUAAAGAGAAAUUUUCCUUUUAAAGGCUUAGUUUUAAUGUAAACAUUUUUAACGAAGAGUAUUCUUCUUUCCUUUUAUAUGUAAGGCGAAAAUUAGGCUAUUUUAGUGUGAAAGGAUAUAUCUUUUUGAAGCUUUCACUUUUCUUCCAGUGAAUGUUCUUGAAUUUUUAUGGCAAUGUACAGAUCAUUUUUCUUAUUUUUGUAAGGAAGCAGCUAACUGUCUAAAAAUGCAGGGAGGUUUUGCAAACUUUUUAACAGAGCUUUAAUUUUGUUCUUAAAAGAGGUUACUUUGCUUUUAGAGAAGCAUAGCAGGUUAAAAUAAGCAAACAUUUAAUGUGUAAACCAAUAUUUACAGAUAUGAGGUGUGUAAUAAAGCAAUGUUAACUUGAUUUCUUGUCUUUGCUGUUUUUAGAGAUUAAAUUAUUCCAAGGUGGUCAUGUUGCAAAAUUGUACUUUAGACUAGCAUGGAAACAGAUCCUGAGUAAUAGUUCACUUUAGUUACAGGGCAAUACUUUAGAGAAGGGAUCAGUACCAAAUUGUUGACAUUGUUAUACUAUUUGGGAGGAGAUUGCUAUUUAGGGAACAGCUUUCCAAAUAUCUAGCUGUCUCCUCACUGUCUAUGUGUCUAUCUAUCAGCUGAUUUUGACUGGGUGAAGUAUUAUAAGGUUGUGAUUGCAGAAUGUUCCAGAAUUAAUACAGUGAUACAGUGUUCUUGCUUGGAGGAGCAGUGUAGUCAAGAAAAAAUGAGUUAAAAAAAGGUGAUAUUUCUCUCUUGGUCUGUCACUUAUAGGAUGCAUGCCCUCCCAGCUUUAACCACAAAUGGAUUAUGUGGUUAUGUGCACUUCAUGGCAAAUCUUUCCCCUGGUGUGUGUGUGUGUGUGUGUGUGUGUGUGUGUGCGUGCACAUACACUUAUGCUUCCCCACAAAUGUAAGACUGCCCAUUUAAAGAAUGUGUGGGUUGUAGCAAAAUCUUUCAAUUUUAAUCUAAUUUGAAUGAUCUCAAUUUUAAGAACUUUUCUUGUAGUCAUUAUUUCUGUGUGUAAACAUUUAACUUUGCCAAGCUUCCUUGAAUUUUGUUUGUGACAGCAAAGUAUUGGAUAAAUUCCAAGUGUUCGGCAGACUUGGUUUGGUUAGAUUUUGGGUCACUGUGGCCGAGAAGCAUGGAAUCUAGAGUCAGAAGGUAGAUUGUUUGAAUCUGAAUCCUGGCUCUGCCACUUGCUAGCUGUGUGACUUUAGAAAAGCUACUUAUCUCCUCUUGAAGCCUUAGUUUUCUUAUCUCUAAAAUAAAUAAUAAUAAAAAAAGCAAUACCAA